UCAUGUUUGAGUGUAUUUUCUGAUGCCCUUUGCAAUAUCGGAUCGUUAUUUUGGUACUUGUUUAAGGGGAAGAAGUUUGAAUCCUUUGCUCGUACCUAAUAUACUGUUAGAUGCAUUUCUGCAAGUUGCGUGCAGUCCAGAUUGAAGCUAAAUAGAUCAAUAUGAAUCCCAGAAAGGACACCCACCGAGUGACAAUUCAAAUAAGACACUAAAACAGAAGAACCAGUUGCAUUCUUGAAAUGUAGUGUCUCCUUGAAACUUAGUGUGGUAAGGCCCUUCAAAUUAGAUUAUUUUUGGCUCUCAUCAGUGUUUUUCAAGAUGUGAGACAACCUAGACUUUUAUAUUCAGCUUCCACAGAGAGAAUCUUUUCUCUUAAACUUUGCCCAUCAGGCAGUUGAGCGGAAGGCAAACGUGCAGUAUUACUUAUUUUUCAAGCAAAAGAGUUGCAGAGUUACACCGCUUUGUUAGCUAAUGGACUCCAAAGAAUCAUUAAACCCCCCUGGUGGAGAAGAAACCACAAAAAGCGUGCAUUGUCGGCCCGGAGGAGGAGGAGGAAAUGUCAUGAACUUCUAUACAACCUUAAGGGGUGGAGCUAUCGUGAAGGUUUCUGCAUCUUCGUCCCCACUGGCUGCCCCAUCUCAGUCAGAGACCAAGCAGCAGCCUGUUUUGGGUGAUUUUCCAAAAGGCUCAGUAAGUAAUGCACCACCCCAGCCGGAUCUUUCUAAGGCCGUUUCUCUCUCCAUGGGACUCUAUAUGGGAGAAACAGAUACGAAAGUGAUGGGAAAUGACCUGGGAUUUCCACAGCAGGGCCAAAUUGGGGUUUCUUCUGGGGAAACAGACUUCAGACUCCUUGAAGAAAGCAUCGCCAGCCUCAAUAAGACAUCCAGUGUUCCGGAGCGCUCUAAGGGUACGGCGCCCGCUGGACCCGACCAGGAGUUUCCAACGACGACGGAUUGUGAUCUCGCUCUACAGCAGCAGACUUUAACUCAAGGCCAGACUGGCCCAAACGGUGGCAACGUGAAGCUGUAUACCGAAGACCAAAGUACCUUUGAUAUUCUGCAAGAUUUAGAGUUGCCCACCGGGUCGCCAGGCAGGGAGGCCAACGACAGCCCCUGGAGAUUAGACCCCCUGUUAGAUGAGGGUGGUUUGCUUUCUCCUUUGGGAGCAGAUGAUCCAUUUCUUUUAGAAGGAAGUACGAGCGAAGACUGCAAGCCUUUUCUUUUACCGGACACUAAGCCUAAAAUUACCGAGCAUGGAGAGCUGCUUCUCCCCAGUCCCAGCGUGCAGAUGCCUCAAGUGAAAAUGGAGAAAGAAGACUUUAUCGAACUCUGUACCCCUGGGGUGAUAAAACAAGAGAAAGUGGGCACUGUUUACUGCCAAGCCAGCUUUCCUGGGGCAAAUCUUCUCGGUAACAAAGUAUCUGCCAUUUCCGUUCAUGGUGUCAGUACCUCUGGAGGACAGAUGUACCACUAUGAUUUGAAUACUGCAUCCCUUUCUCAGGAGCAGGAUCAGAAGCCUAUUUUUAAUGUCAUUCCACCUCUUCCUGUGAGUUCAGAAAAUUGGAAUAGAUGCCAGGGAUCUGGGGAUGACAGUGUGACUUCCUUGGGAACUUUAAACUUUGCCGGCCGACCUGUGUUUUCCAACGGCUAUUCAAGCCCGGGAAUGAGACCAGAUGUAAGCUCUCCACCAUCCAGUUCCUCAGCCUCGACGGGACCACCUCCCAAACUCUGCCUGGUUUGCUCUGACGAGGCCUCCGGGUGUCAUUACGGAGUCCUGACUUGCGGGAGUUGCAAAGUGUUCUUCAAAAGAGCCGUGGAAGGACAACAUAAUUACCUUUGUGCUGGAAGAAAUGAUUGUAUUAUAGAUAAAAUUCGGAGAAAAAACUGUCCUGCUUGCCGGUAUCGAAAAUGUCUUCAAGCCGGAAUGAAUCUAGAAGCUCGAAAAACCAAGAAAAAGAUCAAAGGAGUCCAGCAGGCUAGUGCAACUGCAGGGAGAGAGCCUUUGGAAAGUCCUGUCAACAAAAACUUGGUUCCUGCAUCAUUGCCCCAGCUUACCCCUACUCUGGUUUCAUUGCUGGAGGUCAUUGAGCCAGAAGUGUUGUAUUCAGGUUACGACAGUUCCCUGCCGGAUUCGACUUGGCGGAUUAUGUCAACGCUCAACAUGCUAGGAGGCCGCCAGGUGAUUGCCGCCGUAAAAUGGGCAAAGGCAAUACCAGGUUUCAGAAAUUUACACCUGGAUGACCAAAUGACCCUGCUUCAAUACUCCUGGAUGUUCCUGAUGGCUUUUGCCCUAGGAUGGAGAUCAUACAAACAAUCAAAUGGAAACCUGCUGUGUUUUGCUCCAGAUCUGAUUAUUAAUGAGCAGAGAAUGAAUUUACCCUGCAUGUAUGACCAAUGUAAGCACAUGCUUCUGGUGUCCACUGAACUUCAACGGCUCCAGGUUUCAUACGAAGAGUAUCUCUGCAUGAAAACCUUGCUGCUUCUCUCUACAGUACCCAAGGAAGGCUUGAAGAGCCAGGCCCUCUUUGACGAAAUCCGCAUGACUUACAUCAAAGAGCUGGGAAAGGCCAUCGUCAAGAGAGAGGGGAACUCCAGUCAGAACUGGCAGCGAUUCUAUCAACUGACAAAACUUUUGGACUCCAUGCACGAUGUAGUUGAAAAUCUCCUAAGCUAUUGCUUCCAAACCUUUUUGGAUAAAUCCAUGAGCAUUGAGUUCCCGGAGAUGUUAGCCGAAAUCAUCAGCAAUCAGAUACCAAAAUAUUCUAACGGAAACAUAAAAAAACUCUUAUUUCAUCAGAAGUGACUGCCUUAAUAUGAAAAGGUUGCCUUAAAGAAAGUUGAAUUUAUAGCUUUUAUUGUACAAACGAAUAGAUUCGCUCAUUUCUGUCCUCGCAACGGUGUUUCUUUUGUAAUUAUGCACUACACGUGGUUUAUAGAGGGCCAAGAUCCGGGCUGUAACAGCCGUCGAUUGAUCACUUCUCGGUGAUUGGCAGGGAGUGGGGGGGAGGCCGGAGGGGAGGAAAGUCCUGGGAAUUGGCCUGGCCCCCAGGCCUGCCCACAGAACCCCGGCUCUGAGUGUUGAACCUUCUGCUCGAUAGCAGCUGGAGAACAUUUUCUAGAAAGUUUUUUUUUUUUGGUCGUGGUUUUUUUCUCCCCCUGUAUAGUUGAGAUAGUGUUUUGAUUUAUGCAUGUAACCUGAAAAAGAAAAAAAAGUUUACAAGUGUAUAUCAGAAAAGGGAAGUUGUGCCUUUUAUAGCUAUUAGUGUCUGGUUUUAGCAAUUUCCUUUACCUUUCUAUACCGUGAACUGGCUUGGUCAUUUUUUUUCUUACAUCAUUUUUUGUAUUCAAGUUGCCUGUUGUACAGCUGUUUCUUUUUAAGGUGGGCAGCUAGCUCCUAGCUCUCCGGAAGGAACUCUAAACAUGAAUCUCAACGUAUCCCGUGUGUGAAAAUGGGUCGGUGCUUCUACCGUGAUGGCUUUGGGCCGGCAGGCAAAACCACAGCCAUUUAACCUUUCGGGAGACUUUGCCAGUCUCCGCCUAUUAACUCUUGACCGAAAAGUCCCAUUUUGUAUAUAUCGGCAUCAACACACUGAAUAUACAGGUCUGUGCAAUGGAACCAUCCCACCUGGUCUCUGGAGCCCAGAGCCGCAGCCAAGCCCCGAGCGGACGCUCAGUAAGUAGCCUUGUUGGUGGUGAAUCUCUUCAAAGGACGAGCAAGCACUUAAUGCCCCAGCUGUACCAAGGCCAGCCUUGAGCCGGGUGAUGAGGAAGAGCGUUCCAGUUGAGAAUGUCCAGCAUGACUUCAACUGAGUUAUGCUUUCAAGCAGAGAACUUCAGUCUUACUCCAUCCUUAAAGGUGCCCAGGCAGGGAUCCAGUUGGAAGGGUCCUGCUCGCCCCUGGCACUUGUGGGUGUGACUUCAAAUGCCAUUUCCUCUUGCUAAUCCUCCCUCCCCCGCGGUUGGCGCGGGCGAUAAAGCAGGUCCCGACUCCGUCCUCAAGGUCACUGGCUGGAAAGGUGUACCCGUGGUUAGACGCCCAUUUUCACAUUCCCAUCUGUCACUGAUCAGUUCAUCUUUCCUGGAGUCCAGGGAAGUUCAGCUACUGAGUUUGUGGUUUGGAAUUGUGUCCGACUUCUUGUCUUUGUGAGGCUCCAUCUUCUCAUCGAUUACUCUGUGUGCCAUAUAAUUACCAUAAGUCUUGUGAAUUUCUCCUUGUCACCGUUGAUAAUUCUAUUUUAAACAAUUUAGAAGCUGUAGUAGCCCUUUCUGUGUGCACCUUAUGACCUUUCUGUCAAGUCAAAACAUACAUAUUUACUAAAGCCACUCUAAAUUUGAUUUCUACUCAGUGGCCAAAUUGUGUGUAAUAGAAACUGAAAAACAAAUCAUCUAAAUAAUAUUAAAAUAUGAAACUUCUAAUAUAUUUUUAUAUUUAGUUCUAGUUUCAGAUAUAUAUCAUAUUGGUAUAUUCACUAAUCUAGGAAGAAAAGGGAAGGGCUACUGCAGCUUUAAAUGCAAUUUAUUAAAAUGAUUGUAAAAUAGCUUGUAUAGUGUAUAAUAAGAAUGAUUUUUAGGUGAAAUUGUUUUAUCAUGACACAUGCUAUAUAUUUUUUGUAGGGGGUCAAAGAAAUGUGGAAGGGCAGCGAGAGGCAAAGAUUUUUUGGUUUGUGUGAGCGUUGAUCCUGGAAACAAAGCGAGCAUUCUAGAGAGAGUGUGAAAAAAGGUGUGGCGAUAUAGGCUGGGCCUGGCUGCAGUUGCAGGGUUCUGGUCCCCCCCCCCCACCAACCCCAAUGCAGUGGGAGGGUCUGCAUCUGGGCCCCUAACUGGAGAGCGGAGAGCCAAGCACAAGGUUGCGGGCACCGUCUGGACCCUGGGGUCCCUCACCAUACAGCAGAGCAAAAACAAACAGCUUGAGAAGUUUGGCAAUAAAUAAAGCAUACAGGUACCAGCAAUAUGUAAAUACGGCACAUCCUUUUUUUUCCCAUAGGUCAUCACAAUACACUAAUUCCUUUCUGGCAUACCGCAGAGAGCUCAUUUCCAAGAAAAGGGGCGUGGAGGCUGUGUUUUUGCGGCAUCUAUUUGAAUGCUAUUCUCAUAAAAUGUUAUCUUCAGGAGCUUGGAGAAACGAUCAUGUUUAAUAAAAAAAAUGUAAUCAUUGUAAUCAUUUUGAA